AUGGAUUUCACCGAUUGGGAUGCCUUCCUAGGCGCGCCGCCGUCGUCUGAACUGUCGGAAGGCGCCGGACUUGGGCAAAUCGACGAUUUCUAUCAAGAAGGACAGACACAGUUGUCUGAUGCUAUCGCGACCGCAGAAACCGCCAAUUCCUUGCAAGAAGACGCCCUGCUGCCGCCGCUGCCGCCGCUGAUGGCCUUGUCAGGCGUUGAGGAAGUCAUAGAGACUGCAGAAUCGGCGCCAGAGCCCGUCAUUCCAUCGCCGCCGCCCUCGGGGCUGUACGACUCUUUUGACGAGCUUUUGGCCUUCCUGCAGACGUUCCAUCGCGACAACGGCGCGGCUAUCAAGAUUCUGAAGAGCGCAAACCCUCGCGAGGUCUAUGGCGAGAAGAAAUACACAUACUAUGUCCUUGCCUGCGAUCGCGCCGGCUCUCAAACGUCCACAAGCACAGGAAUCCGAAGAUCCUCGACUCAGCGGCUCGACUGCCCGUUCAAAAAGAUCAGGAUCGAAGGACUCAACGGCUUGUCAGCCACCCAGGCCUGGAUUAAGCAGCUUCAAGAUAACAACCUUUCGUCACUGGAUCAAAGAUUGACGAUGACAACAAGGUCGAGGGCGUCCUGUGGACUUACCCUUGGUCCAGAGAAGAUGUGGCGCCAGUUUCCUGAAGUCCUAGGACUUGACAACACGUACAAAACGAACCGUUUUCACAUGUAUCUUUUCGAGGUCAUAGGCAUCACGGACCAGAAGUCGGUAGCCAACUUCGCGUUUGGCCUCAUCAACACAGAGAAGGAAGACGGCUUCCUAUGGCUUUGUCAACAGCUUGAGGACCUUCGUCAAGACCUUCAUGUGCCAGCACCGACCGUGGUAAUCACAGACAAGGAGACAGCCCUCAAAAAUGCCCUCACGGCGACCUUCCCGGGUGCGCAGCAACAGCUGUGUGUCUAUCACAUCAACGCGAAGGUGAGGGCAAGAAUCCGGUCAAGAUGGAAGGCCGAAGACGGCAGAAGCGACGACGAGGUUGACGAGGCUGGCGACAAUGAGGCCGAGGUCGCUGACGGCGAUGGCGACCUCGUCGCCCGCGCUGCUGAACAAGAGGUCGCCGAGCAUGGCUGUGCGGCCUUGCUGCCUGCCGCCGACCCUUUGACUCGCGAUGGAAUGUUCCGUGCGUGGCAACAAGUCGUGUACGCCGAAGACGAGGCUGAUUUCCAGUCAGCAUGGAACAAGAUGAAGGCUAUAUACAAUCCAACGCAGAACCACAUCCUACGCUAUAUCUCGAAGGAAUACAUGCCGUACCGCGAGCAGUGGGCGCGCUGCUUUAUCAAGCGAUACCGCAACUUCGGUCAACGAGUUAAUAGUCCUGUGGAAACGGCACACAAGGACGUGAAGUCCUUCCUCAUCACGGGCACAAGCGACCUCCUCCACCUCCACAACGCGAUCUCCCUGAUGCUGCAGAAAAAGGAGAGAGACUACAACGAGAAGGCCGCGGCGAUGCAAAUGCGGCAGCGCCAACGCUUCAUCCAGCAGCAAGGGUGGCUAGGGAACAUCCCCAUGACAGUCUCCUACGUCGCCGUCGAUCUCCUUGCCCAACAGCACCGGCUAGCCGUGGCCGCGAUGCCCUCAAGCCGUGGCCUGAUGCCUGAGCCGCUGAGGCCUUGCACCGGGCAGCUUCAUGCAGCAGUACGCGCUUCCUUGCAGCCACAUGAUCUUUCAAGAAGCUGGACGACGGCGAGGCCCUCAGCAAGGAAGAUGUCCACCCGCGAUGGUGGCUGGGCCAAGCCUCUGGACAUUGACGAGCCCUUACUCCGACUCCGCGAUCCUGACGUGGUCCAAAGCCUCCGUGGCCGGCCUCGCCUGCCAAAUAACGAGAAGAUGACGGUGCCGUCAUCCCUGAGGGCUGACGACGGCCAAGAUGAAGCCCAGCAGCAGGAGACGGCGCAGUCAACGCAGCAGCAGCGGCGACGGCAGCCAAAGCAGACUUCGCAGUCACAUCGCCGUGAGCGCCGUGCGAAGCCAAGCGCGCGUCGCGAUCUAUCACAAUUUGAGGUUGAAGGCUCGCAAAGGUCAUCACAAAGGUCGUCCCGGAGCCGCGGUCGCGGCCGCACCCGGGCAGCUUCGUCGCCGUCGACAAGGAGUUCGCAGUCACGCGUAAAUUCGCAGUCUACGAGAACUGCAAGAGGACGAUCGAGGAGGUCAGCGAUAGCCUCUUCUACGGCGAGGCUGGCCGCGAUAGCUGCAGCCGCCUUUGAGACCGACCCCGAGACCGACCCCGAGACCGACCCCGAGACCGAGUCUGAGGCUGAGGACGUGAUUGAGGUCAUCCCGGCCACCCAACCCGGCGCUGACGAGCCGGAUGGACUAGCCGGCCCGUGA